GGCUUUGCUAAAGUCAAGCUGGGUCGACACCUCCUGACUGGAGAGAAGGUUGCCAUCAAAAUCAUGAAUAAGAAAGAUUUGGGGGAUGAUCUGCCGCGUGUGAAGGUGGAGAUUGAGGCCAUGAAGAACCUGAGUCACCAGCAUGUGUGUCGUCUUUACCAGGUCAUAGAGACUUCUACACAGAUCUUCAUGGUGCUGGAGUACUGCCCAGGUGGAGAAUUGUUUGAUUACAUCAUAGCAAAGGACCGUCUGACAGAGGAGGAGACCAGGGUGUUCUUCAGACAGAUAGUGUCAGCGAUGGCUUACGUCCAUAGUCAGGGAUAUGCACACCGAGAUCUCAAACCGGAAAACUUGUUGAUUGAUGAAAACCACAAUUUGAAGCUCAUAGACUUUGGUCUUUGUGCCAAACCUAAG